UCGGAGGACACCCUCUCUGCCCCAUUCUAUUCAUAAAACUCCACCUCUGUUGAGCUGUGUAGAAAAGAGGACAUACUGGCACCUCUCUCUGUUCUCUGUCUCUCUUCACAGUCUCCUCUGACUAUUUUUGUCUUUGGGAAAUUAUUUUAAUUUCAUUGUUCUUCAUUAACAAGCUGGAACUGGACUUAUUGGACGUUAUUCCCAUUGUGAAGAGGGUUCAGUGGUCAAACAGUCAAUUGGUUGGACGAUCUGACGGUUUUCUGGUUGGACUAUAACCACAGAGGGAGUUUUCUGUGUUUGAGGAGAGCAGGGAAGAGACGAGCUAGCUGCUGAGUGAAGGAGUGAAAGAGUAUCAUCUUGUAAUUAGUGGACUGGACUCAGAAAGAGGUGCUGGUUUAAGAUAAGGAAAAGGAACAAUCACCCUGGGUUCCCAUUUAGAGGAAGUACAGGACGAGGAGGGUUACAUUUAAUUUCAACCAACCAUUGACUGUUGUUUAACCAAGGAUGGAACUUGCUUGUGUUUGAGAAGAGCAGGGAAGACCUACCGUAGCUGCUGAGCGUGAAGAACACAGGUGGUUACAUUACGGUUUAACCAGCCAUUGACCAUGGUUGACCGCUCUGCUGCGGAACCCACCAUGAGCUCCAGUCUGGUCAACUCUCUUGCCAAGGUGUACGACCCCAACCCUCUUCAUGGUCAGAAACUGGCCGGGACAAAGCUGAUACGUUCACCCACUGGACCUGACAAACAACCCCAGACACAGUCCUCACCCUCUUCCUCCUCCUCCUCCUCCUCUUCUCCGGUCAUUGUUACAUGGUGCGUUGAGACUGAAAGCCGCAUGGACUCUCUAAGCAGCCAGAUGGAGCGUCUGCUUAACCUCCAGGAGACCGUCAUCACCCGGCUGGACGGCCUGUCCCGGGACCUGGGGGGCGUGGGGAGGGAGGUGGCCUCUCUCCGGUCCGGGGCCUGGGGGUCGGCUGGAAGUCUGGGCCAGACCCAGGGUAAGACCCAGACCCAGGGGGUGGAGGUGGAGGGUCAGACCCAGGAGGUGGCUGCGGCCUGUAGGGUGCUCCAGGGGGUGGUGCAGGAGGCCAGCCAGCGAGUGGAGCAGCAGGGGAAGAGACUGGAGGGAGUGGAGAGGCUGGUGGAGGGAAUGCAUCAGGUCAUCGGUUUCAUCGGAGAGGUGGUGAAGAGCUCUCUGCUGGCUGAGCUGCUGUUUAAUAAGCCUGGAGGCUGUAAGGGGGCUAAGGCCAAACAAGCCAGGAAGCUGAAGGGCAACGGGAUGAGGGAUGGGAAGGACAAGGCCAAGCUCAGCCUGAAGUGCCUGAAAGCCCAGAAGAAGAAGCCUCCAGAUGCAUCAGACUCUGUAGAGGCCCUCCUUCUAGACCAGGUAGAGAAGCUCAACAGGCAUAAUGCCGAGCGUUCCCAUGGUAAUGGGGUGGUUCUGGACAUGCCCCACAUCCCUGUUGUCCAAUACAUGGAAGAGCUAGAGGGGAAGGAGGAGGAGAAGAGGAAAACCCCUGAGCAGGAGGAAGAGCAGAGGGCCAGAGAAGAGGAAGGGGAGGGGGAUUUAUUUGGUGAAUCUGACCCCGAGGAAGAGGAGGGAAGAGAGGGAGAGGCACUGAAGAUUAAGGUGGAGCACGUUCAAGAGGAAGACGGGGAGAAGAGAGGGGAAGGAGGGGAGAAAGAGUCAUCAGAACCUCUAGAAAGUUCUGCGGAGUUAGGUGAGGUGGCUGCCAGCAGUAAACGUGGAAUCAAAGAGGAGUAUUGGGUGAAAGAAAACUUGAAGAAGAGUCGAGUGGAGGAAAGGAAAGAGGGGGAAGAGGAGGAAGAAGGAGUUCCUGAGGGUUCAGAGCUUCAGGCUGCCCAAUCAGAGGCAGAGAAGACAGAGAAGGAAGAGGAGGUGGAUGAUGGACAGCCAAAAGAGUACAUCAUUGACUCUAGCCCUCCUCCAGCAGCCCCCUUUGACCACCGCAUCGUGACUCCGAAACCUCACCAGGUUACUACCUUCUACACCAUUAACAGAGAGGAGGUCCUAGGAGGGGGACGUUUUGGACAAGUCCAUAAAUGCGUAGAGAACUCUUCUGGACUGAAGCUGGCUGCCAAGAUUAUCAAAGCCAGGAGCCAGAAAGAGAAGGACGUGGUGAAGAAUGAGAUCCAGGUGAUGAACCAACUCAAUCACGCCAACCUGAUCCAGCUCUACGCUGCCUUCGAGUCACACCACGACAUCAUCCUCGUCAUGGAAUAUGUGGAUGGAGGGGAGCUGUUUGACCGGAUCAUAGACGAGAACUACAACCUGACAGAGCUGGACACGGUGCUGUUCAUCAGACAGAUCUGUGAGGGAUUACAGUACAUGCACAAGAUGUACAUCUUACAUCUCGACCUCAAGCCGGAGAACAUUCUGUGUGUGAGCAGAGCUACAAACAAGAUCAAAAUAAUAGACUUUGGGCUUGCAAGAAGGUAUAAGCCCAGGGAAAAGUUGAGGGUUAAUUUUGGAACGCCGGAAUUCCUAGCUCCGGAAGUCAUCAACUAUGAAUUUGUCUCAUUCCCCACAGACAUGUGGAGUCUGGGGGUCAUCACAUACAUGCUGCUGACUGGUCUGUCUCCAUUCCUUGGUGACGAUGACAACGAGACACUGAACAACAUCCUUGCCUGUCAGUGGAACUUUGAGGAGGAGGAGUUCACCGACAUCUCUGAGGAGGCCAAAGACUUCAUUGCGCGCCUGCUGAUCAAGAGCAAUAGUUGGAGGAUGAGUGCCUCACAGUCACUGAAACAUUCCUGGCUGUCGGACCGUAAUCUUCACUACCGCCUGCAUCAGAAGAAAAAUAAGUGCCACUCAACGCACCCUCACCCUCCCCGAAAAUCUAGACCGUCCCCCAUCCAGAAUGAGUCUCCCCUCCAAAAGGACUCCCAAGACCCUGUGGGCACCUUAUGAUGACAUGGGCAGGUGCCUAUUGUUGACACUGGGGCCAGGGGUGGGGCCCAACCUGGACCAACACUGCUGUACCUGUAUGGCUACUCGAUCAUUACUCUCUGCACUGCCUCACAUCCUCGCAUUUGUUAUCUUUGCACCGCGGCUCGCUAUAGCUCUCGCCACAGAUGGGAGGGCGUGAGGCCGGCAGGAAGUUUAGGGUUACAUUUCUACCUCCAACCCCAGCCCCCUCCCACUCUGUUACUCUGGCCACAACAUCACCAAAGACUCUCAGCUAACAACCCAGCUAACAAUGUCCACAGUGGCGCGUGGUUCACCAUGCGGUCAUUCAGUCCAGCAAGCACAAGAAGAAGGAACCUUCGCCAUGACAAGGGAAGGGGGGAUUGCAGGUGGGGUGGCCAACAACGGUUUGUUCAGCAGCUGAAUGUCCCUUCUGGGCCAGUGUAUUGCUCUCCUAGCUUCAGUUGGGUAACUGAAAGAACCCCGUUGGGACAGAGCGGACAUGUGCAGCCCCCGGGCUGAGGUUUAGGAGGAUGGCUUCUAGUCUGAGAGGACGUCAUGCACAGCCCCUCGGACCGAGUGCCCGUUUUCCCCUAGUAGAAAUUGUAUCCAGUAUUGAUGUAGUAUUUGAAUGCAAUGAAUGUGGUGUAACGGUUACCUAAAACUUGACAUUACUUGAUAAAGAAAUGUAUGUGUUAAUAGGAUGGCUACCGUCAUAAUAGUUUUGUGUCAUUCAAAAAAGGUAUUUUGCACAGUCACAUGUUAUAAGCAUCAUGCCCUGAACUUUAAUGGAUCACUAUCGAGUACAAACGGAACCCCCAUCAUAUUAUUUAUGUGCAUUUUCAGCAUACUGUGGAUGUGAAAUACCUUAUCAUAGGUCUAGUUUACCAAGUCUUGUCAUGCCAGUGCUUUUUUAUUUAUUUGAGAGGUUUUGAAUUAGAAGUCUGGUGUGGGAGCAUUUCUUUUCCUUGUAUUUUCCUAGCAUAGUUUCUAGAGUUAGGAGUACUUUCUUUCUUAUUUACAUUUGACAAUACUGUCCAUUUCUUUUUCAUUUGCCCCAUUGAAGUCUGUUGUAUUAUUUGAUUGAAAUUGGAACAUUAACAGAUUAUUCCUUAGUAUUUGCUCUUCCCAUUGCUGCUAACGUUACUUUCUCCUGGCACCACAGGUGUGAAUUUACUAUAAAACCACCACUGUGCUUGCAUGCUGUUGGCAUGACCUUUGACCCUGCUUUGCUUUGGCCAUUUGGAGUAGCCCUCUCACCUUCCAUGAAGGCAUACUACUGAACACUACCUAUAUGAUUGAAUAAUUCAUGUUUAUCACUGAAGUUAGUCGCCAUCCACUGGGCACAGAUUCGUCAGUUCGACGUCUAGUUUUGAUUUACAUUUGGUUCAGUCGUCAACUAACGUGAAUUCAAUAAUUAUUUAGGUUAAAAUAUUUAUGUUAAAAGUUGGGUGAAAAAAAGACGAAAUGCCCUCAUGUUGAUAACGUAAAUUCAAUUAUACUGAACAAAAAUAUUUACACAACAUGUAAAGUGUUGGUCCCACGUUUCAUGAGCUGAAACAAGGGACAUGUCCCUCCCCCACAUUCUGAAAUUGCAUUUUUGUCCCCCCCCCAGUUUUAUCCUUGGAAUGUGAUACUAAACAAGGCAACGGUGUGCUUUUUUAAAUUUAUUUUUUUUACCUUUAUUUAACUAGGCAAGUCAGUUAAGAACAAAUUCUUAUUUUCAAUGACGGCCUAGG